UUCGACUCACGCUAUGGACAAAUUAAACGGUGGUCUUUGAAACUUGUUCAGCCGGACAGCUAUUUGCAAUCAAAAUGCAGGUUAUUUUAUAAUUUCUUGUUUAAGAUGUUAUAGUCUGGAUUCAAACAAAACUAUCCACAUGAGUAUCGAGAUGAAAAUGCUAUAGGAAAUAUUUAGAAACCUUAACAAUCUACUAGGCGCAAAAUGUUUCUGUAAGAUAUGGGGAUGCAGAAAGCCAGUCGAGUGUCGGACCCGGUGUGUUGUCAGUUUUCUUCGGAGGUACCGAGUCGUCUAAAAUACCGAGAUUGUCAACUAAAUUCGAAACGACGACGGUCAGGCUCCGUACAUGAGCGUAAAGUGAAUUGCGUCCUCGUUGGAGAUGGAGCGGUCGGCAAAACGAGCCUGAUUGUCAGUUAUACCACCAAUGGAUACCCAACUAUGUACAUCCCAACAGCAUUUGACAACUUUGCAGCAAUGGUUGUUGUGGAUGGAAAACCAGUGAGAUUACAACUUUGUGACAUGGCCGGCCAGGAGGAGUUGGACCGUCUCCGGCCCCUGUGCUACAGAAAUGCCGAUGUCUUCUUGCUCUGCUACAGCGUGGUCUGCCCUUCCUCAUUGUGUAAUUUGACAGACAGGUGGGUGCCUGAGGUCCGACGCAUCUGCCCAAGAGUGCCCGUGGUGUUGGUGGGCACCCAGCUGGACCUGAGAGAAGAUGUCCAAGUGCUCAUCCACCUGGCACAGAACCAGGAGAGACCCGUGAGCACAGAGGAGGGCCAGGAAUGUGCCCAGGAGAUAGGGGCCAUCACCUUUAUCGAGUGCUCAGCUCUGACCCAGAAGAAUUUGAAGGAUGUGUUUGAUUCGGUUAUCUUGACUGGGAUUGAAGUAGACAGCAUACAUCAGAGGCAGACUCUGAGGAAGGAGACACCUCAUAAGAUAAAAAGCCUUUCAGAGUCGUGGUGGAAAAAGCUAAGUUGUUUUGUUGGAGACCAGGAUAUAAAGUAAACAUCAAGAAUGCUCAGUCGUCCAUUUUGGAAGUCAUUUUGGAUGUAAAUUUUUUUUUACAUUAGCAUUUACAAUAUUUUCACAAUUUACUGGAUACAAUGUUUCAUCCAGAAACUCAGAUUGGUCUAACAUCUAAAUACAGAAAAUAGUGGUGGGCCGUUAUCGUGCUGCGUUAAUGUGAGACUCUUAUUGGGCGAUAAAAAAUAUCACCGUUAAUCUAUUCUCAAAGUUUGGUUGGGAGCUGGGUCUAUCA